AUGAAUUCUGUCCAUCCUCCCGUGUUAAUAGUAGGCGCUGGGCCGGUGGGUCUGGUAGCAGCGUUGACGCUCCUCCAAAAUGAUAUCUCAGUUCGUAUCAUCGAUAAAGACCCCCACCAUCGCAUCGGACAGCGUGGUGCUGGAAUAUGGCCGCGCCCCCUCGAACUCUACAACUUCCUGGACGUUUCAGAAGUUAAUGGUCUGGGAAAACCAGCCCCUCCCACCUGUUCAUACAAGUCCGGCACGCUGGAACCUUUGAAAGACCCAUUGGCCCCGCAAAUGGAACCUACCCCAGCAAUACCAUUCCACAGCCUCAAAUUGAUGGGUCAACAGCUCCUAGAUGUGAUUCUGCGACGCCAUCUAGAGAAGUUCUCUUGUUCUGUCGAGAUGGGCACCGAACUGCGCUCGUUCGAACAGUCCGAUGAGGGCAUCACCGCUAUUUUAGCAAAGAACGGCAUAUCAGAGAUUGUUGAUACCAAAUGGAUCAUCGGCGCUGAUGGUGCUAAAAGCGUCGUGCGCAAGCAACUUGGGCUCACAUUUUUGGGCUCGACUAGAGAUGAUAUCCGAGUUGUGACCGGGGAUAUCCAUUUGAAGGGCGUUGGCCUCGAUAGAGUGCAUUCGCACGGGUUUGGAAACUUUAACGAGCGAGGCCUCUCAUUGCGUCCAACAGACGAAGUUGGCGAAGACGGCUGGCAAUUUUUCCUCUACGGCAACGAACUAGAUCUGACGAAGAUCGCUGAGAGCGAAGAGCUUGUUUUCGAGACCAUCGCGUCGUUAAUACCAACGGAGAUUACGUUCACCAAGGUAGUUUGGAUGAGCGACUUCCGGGCCAAUAUCCGGAUGGUGAAUAAGUUUAGCGAAGGUCGAGUCUUCGUUGCGGGCGGUAACGUCCACAGCCCAACUGGUGGUCAGGGACUCAAUUCGGGCGUACAAGAUGCAUUCAAUCUAGCAUGGAAACUUGCGCUCGUUCAGAAAGGGCUCGCCGACAAAUCUCUUCUCGAGACAUACAGCGCCGAGCGUCUGCCUGUGAUCUCCGAGAUGCUCGGGGUGACCACCUCGAUUCUCGACAAGACAAUAUCGUCUGGAGACCCCUCAGUCGGACGAAGUCCCAUCCUUCACAUGCUCGGCAUCAACUGUCGAUUCAGCACCAUCGUACUCGAUGAAUUUGUGACUUCAGUCGAGGGGAGGCCUAUCAACGCAUACGGAAUGCUUGACGAGGGACAUCUGGAAGCUGGGGACAGGGCGCCCGAUGCGCCCAACAUGUUGCAGGUGGGGCGCGCAGAGCCUGAUAAGAUAACGCUUUUUGGUUUGUACAGACCCUGGUACCACACAGUGCUCGUAUUUGCGCCGGGCAUACGACAAAAUAUCGUGCGAUCGGCAGUCGUUCUUCCAUCAUCAGCAUCAGUGACGCUUGUCGCAUCUCCUGCUGACCUCGUUCUUGUUGAUCGGGAGGGCUAUGCUUAUUCGGCUUACCUCGUGGAAGCUGACCAGACGAAGGUGUUUGUGAUUCGGCCGGAUGGAGUGGUUGGGGCGAUCGUUCAUGGUGCAGAAGGCGUAAAGAAGUAUUUCUCGAAAAUAUUUUUGGAUGCGUAG